AUGACUGAAGUUCAGUCAACAACUGGUGUUGAGCAAAAGUAUGGCGGAGCUGAAGGUGCGGAUGCUAUGUAUGUGAAACUCGUAUCAUCAGAUGAUCACGAAUUUUAUGUUCGCCGAGAGUACGCUCUUACAAGUGGUACUAUAAAAGCAAUGUUAUCAGGUCCAGGCCAAUUUCAAGAGAAUGAAACAAACGUUGUGCAUUUCCGUGAAAUACCGUCGCAUGUAUUACAGAAAGUUUGCAGUUACUUUGCGUAUAAAGUACGUUAUACUAACAGUUCAAGUGAAAUACCUGAAUUUCCUAUCGCUCCUGAAAUAUCUCUUGAACUUUUAAUGGCCGCCAACUUUUUAGAUUGCUAA